CAAAAGAAAAAUGGCUUCUGCAUUGCUACAUGGUGACCGUAGCGAUGUAGUUUCCAGAGGUAAGAAAACUCCUUCUCCCGUCGUCCAGAGUAGUAAAACACCAACUCCAAGAGGCAGUGCGACUAACAAACGUCUCAAUAGCUCUGAUGGUGCCUCGAAACAACUUGUGUCCGCAGCGAAGGUUCCCGCAUCCCGAUGUAAAUCAGCAGCUAAGCAACGUCCGUCCGACAUCUUGAAUCCAAAAACAGUUGAUCCAGUAAGUAAACAGUCAACUUUUUUGGCUAACAUCAGAACGACUUUUAUCAUCUCAUUCGUGUCGUGUAAAAUUUGUUUUGUUGGUUUAUACGGGCAAAUUUGCGAUCAAAAGAUGUGAUUACUCAUUGCAUGUAGACUUGAAUUGAAUCUGACAGCUCAAAAAGUAAACAAAGCAUUAGACCUGUAAGGCGUACCCGAUUUGUGUUGUAAUUUCAGUUUAAUGACAAGACACCGAAGUCUUCAUUUGCCGCAAGUUACACGAAUGGUGGAGUUCCAUGUCGGUAAGUUUAAAUGCAGUAAUUUUUAAGGCCUCUUUAGUUUUCAUGGCUUUCAUUUCUGUAUUUAAAGAGAGCUAAUUUCAUUAAUUACUGGUCUGGUCAUAUUUAUCAUUUCGAAGGAACUUGUAGGCAAGAAGACCCAAUACUAAUUUACUGGACUAAAACUAUCGUAAUUGCGCUCUACACUUGAAGUUGAGCCGUCACACAAUAUUAUAUUGUUUGGUUUGUAAAUAAUCACAGAGUCAAAGUGAGUUUGCAGAUUGGUGCUGGCUUAGUGUACCGGUAAUUUAUUUUUUUGACACAUAAGCUUACUAGUAUCCAUUGUUUUCAUCUUUCGCAUUUUCCUUGCUGUUUUUCCUUUUUUUCUAUUGCCUUGGCUUGGUUAAACUUCUGGUUUGUGUGAAGUGUCUUUCUGUCGCCACCAUGGUCAGAUCUGGGGGGAAAGCCCCAGGGUUGCCAGAAACGUUUGAAGUAGAUGGCUGAGUUGUCAAAGUAAACGGCCAGUCCAGGGACAUUUUAUUUAAAAAACGCCAUCCGUUUAGAAAUACCAAGCAGAGUAGCCAGCCGAUACUAACCAAUUAGGUGGCGAUUUUCACCAGCAGCCAGCUAUUUUUGACAACCCUGCCCAAAUGCCUAGUUGGCAGAGUACAGCCUGUUUUGUGACCAGGUUUACUGGACAAACUUGAAAUGCAUUUUUCAUUAUUUGCCUCGAGUUUAUUUCUACUCUAUUUAAUAUUAAUGUCUUUGGGCCUAAUAAAGGGGUCACUGUUGACGUGUAGUCAGGGAUUAUAUAUCUUUAGUUUGACUGUAAUUAAUGAAUUGUUUCAGGGAUUUUAUAACAGUUCUUCAUCUUUGUUUAGGUUAGUUCAUGGCUCUGUUAAACACAAACUUCAUUGGAACACACCUCCUGAUAACUUGCCGUUUGAUCCUGUGUUAGUUAUAUUAGCAGAGGUGAGUCUGUUAAAGUGAAAAAGGGCUGACACGGCCAAAAAACCAAAGGAUUCAUUAUUUUCCAUUUACUUAAGUUUUCUCCCUAACAUUACUGUACCAAUAAUAAUAUUAAUAAUUUCUCUGGGUUUGAUUUGCGUUGUUACAUGUAGGAUAAGGGCUGGGGUGUGAGUUUCAAAAAUUUUGUCAUACCUGUAUUUCCAACCUCUGUGAUAAGUUUUGGUUGGUAAAUUUCAUACAGUGUAGCUGACCAUGUUAGUAAAUCAAACGUUAGCAUAUGUCAGUUAUGUAGCCUGGAAGAAAACACAUGAUUAUAUCUCUGAGAAACAGAUCAAGAGUCUGACAUUAUUUUUCACUAUUCUCAGGGUCUUCGGGAAACAAAACACCCUUACACAUUUGUUGCACGUGAAGGGUUUAGAGAGAUGCUUCAAGUAGAUGAUGCCGGGUCACGGACAUUACCAAUAUUAUCUAAGCUUAUUGUUCCACUCAGAGCUGCUCUGGUAAGUUUAACUUAAUAAACUAAGUAGCACCCAUAAUUAACUACCAUUUUAUUUUUUAGUAAUUCAUACAGAGUUGAAACCCUCCUUUCAGAUACAUGUAGUCAAAAUGUACAGGUCCUACUGUUUGUUAGCCUGUUUUUCAAUCUUGAGACUUAAGUAAAGUGUGUCUGUUUGAUAUUGAAACAGGGUUUGGCCAGUGUUUUAUUUAACCACACAUCAAUAGAAAGUAAUAUUCACUCAUUAUUGUAGUAAACAAUGUCAAAAAUAUGUAAAUAAAUAAUUUAAUAAUGAGUUGGAGGAAGCACAUCCACUUAGUGGCUCUUUGUCUACCUGAUUCCUGCUCGAAAUGGAAUUUGGAAACAAUGGUUUUGAGGAAACGGGAAGAAUGGAGUACCCAAAGAAAAACCUCUCAGAGCAAAGGAGAGAACCAGCAAAAAACUCAGCCAUGCAUUUGCAUCAAUGCCAGGAUUUGAACGUGGGCCAAAUUGGUGCAUUGGAGGCAAGUGCCCUUACCACUGUGCCAAAAAGAGACAAAUGUUACAUUGUAACAGAAUAAUAUACACCGGUAUUUAUGACCGGCUUAAUGAGCAAGAUGCAGUGGAUCUUUAAUUGCCAUCCCUGAAUGUUUGCAUUGGAGGCUAUUGUGUUUAUUAUAAAGUCUUUUUUUAGGCUUCAACAGACACUCAAGUUUUCUACAGCUCUUUAGAAGCACUGGUUCAACUCAGUGCAGUUACAGGCUCUUCCCUCAUCUCUCAUCUGAAGGCUCUUUUACCACAGGUAACUUGUACUCACUGACUACCACUGUCCUUGUCAAUCAGUUGUGAAAAAAAAUGGAAAAAAAGGGCAAUUCACGUUAAUUUUGUAUUGAUUAGAAAAAAAUACACCAAAAGUAAGCUUCUUUAAUAGUAGUAAUUAUGCAUCUUUUCCAUAGUCAUAAUGAACCAUAAUGGAUUUGUUCUAUCAGAAGAUGAAAUUUUGAAUGGAAACUAUUAAUGCCACCUGUGUUGGCCUGACUUUGUAUCUCUUAAUAAUCAGAGAUGACAGUGCAGUAUAAACUGUUGACUACCUAAUCUUGUAGCUGUAUUCCCUGACUAUGCAAUUGUUAUCUGCAUUUAUGUUACAUUUUCAGGUGUCAAAACGUUUUAUGGACAAAACUCAAAAAGAAAGAAUAUUACUUGCCUUACAAAGACUUGAACAAAAUCUUGGAAAGGUAGAUAAUAACAGUUUUACAAGUCAGCAUUUCAGAGUAUACACUUGAAAUAAUUUGAAUCUUUUUAACAUAAAUACUUUUACUAAGAUGUGGGUUAAGCUUGGAAGCUCUUUUAAAAUUGGUUAGGAUGUGUCAUUAUUAUCUUCUAGAGAAAUUAAAAGCUCGGGGGAUCAACAGAUGCCUGUAGUCCCCCCUUGCCCCUUUCCUCUCCCUCCCCUGAAAAAAAUAGGAUCAUAGAAAUAUUAAUUUAUUAAUGUAAAAAUUUAAUUAUUUUAGAAGACAGAAUGAUGUUAAUUUUUCAGUGUUUUUGAAAACAAAGCAAACAUUCCAGAAUCUAGAGGGCUGCAGCCCCCACAAUCUACCCAAGCACUGAGACAUGAAUAAUAUUACAAACUAAAAAGUAAAAGCAUAUCAAAUCAGGUGUUAAACUCUGCUGUAUUUGUCAUGCCUGCAUUUCAGAGUAGGAUUUGAACCUGCCAUCUUAAGGUUGUACCAUGCAAUGACCACCCACCCUGAACCAUACAGUAGCGGAUCCAGGGGAGGGGCCUGGGCCCCCCUUAUUUUUAGAUAAAACUGAGGCUCGAAGGGCCCAAAACCUUUUUUGGACACCGGUCCAACCCCCACCCCCUUAUCUAAGGGUCGGGAUGACCAGGCCCGCCCUUAUAUUGAGGUCUAGAUCCAGCACAGCCAUAAUAGAACAUUAUGAUCAAAAGCUAAAGAAAAAAGACCUAUACCCUUUCUCUACCAUACCCAAGCUAUCAUACAUUUUCACCUCGUUAUCAGUAGCCAGAAAGCCAAUACAGCAGUAUACUACUUACGAGCAGAGUUAUGUUAUGGUCAAAUGACAUUAGUUAAUGACAACAGUUCAAGAAUGUGAUUGCUCUUUGCUUUCAGCUGAAAACUUUGGGUUCAUUUCCUUGCAGGAAUGUGUCCCCAUUAUCAAGUCCAAAAUACCGACAUACCAAGCAGUCUGCUUAUAGCAUCACUCUCACAGCUCUUGAAAGAUACAUGAACAACAUGAACUAUAUCAUAACUUUUAUAUGAACAUGGAUAAUUUAUUGUACUUUUUGGAAAUAGGAAAAAGUGUCAGAUUUUUACUUGUAUUAUAAAAAAAAGUUUCCUGGGCUCAUCAUAAUAUGAUUUGAAGACUUCUGGGUCUGGUUAUUCAAAUGUUAGAGACCUUUAGCAGCAAGUUUUUCAUGGAAAACCGCAAACUGCAGUUUGCAGUUACACACUUGCAGUUUCAUGAUGUCGGGAUUUCAGGUUUUGAGCAAGGCAUUCUUUGUUUUGUGUCGCCAUGUUUUUUGUGAAGUUCAAGUUCAUCACUUUUCUUGUUCAAAGACAUGAAUAAUUCAUAGCUUUGAGUUGAAAAAUCUAACUAGUAUGUUGUCAUUGGAGGAUAUAAAAAGCUACUUUGUACCUUUAAACGUGGGGCUGUACAAUUUUUAGAGGCAAAAAAACGUGGCCGUAAUUCACUUACCACUGGAAGCCCUUCCUGGGGUUAAAAUGUGAACUACAAGACUGUGAUCACGUGACAUUCUCAGGUUUGCGGUUUGCUUUUUCCACGAAAAACCUAACGCUAAAGAUCUCUAUUGGAUAGCCCUAUCCACUGUAUAAUUCACUAUCCAGUGAAUAAGCAUUAGAGAAACCAAUUGCAUCUUUCACUGUAUGAAGAUCUAUCCAAUGGAUAGGCUUAGCGUUAUCCAACUGCGUUGAACAACUGGGACCUGAUGGUACAUGUAUUUAAUUAGAAUGGUUUUACGACGGUUAUCAUAAUUCACUGAAAGUGGGCAAAGACAACACAGUGAUUGAAACACUGAGUGUUUGUUAUCUAACUAUCAUCAGAAUAGUGUUAGUCACUGUUAAAUUUAUGACUAACAUGGGAGGACGAUGUAGUAUGUAGACUUUAGAAGCAAAUUAGUUGAUGUCUGGUUAAGGUAGUUGCAACUUUCAUAAAGGGUGUAGAAAUCUUCAAUAACCGCAUGCUGUGUUCACUUGUAAUAAAUCAUUAUUGUACAGUCAUAUUAUAAGAAUGAUGCCCUUCAAUACAUGCAUAGUAUGGUUGGGCUAUAAGUAUACAAAUGUAGAUAAUAUGGAUCUCUGUGCUUUAGUAUCACAAAGGCAAUCUUUUUUCGUAUUUAUCAU